GUGAACUCGGGACUCUGAGUUCCCGCGAAGCGAUCAAUUUUAUAGUGUUUGGUUCUAAAAAACUAAAGAAGUUCUCGGGAAGUUCAAGUGUUGAAGUUCCUGACUGUAUAGGAACUUACUUCCUCUCAUUGACUCAAGGAAGUGCACUUCUCGACCUCAACAAAUUUGUAAUCUCUAUUUUGCCCUCUUUCCUAUUUGACGCUCAACGUUGUUGUCUCCAACUCUACAAAUCCUUGUCUUCAGGGAAAAAAACUCUUCAAAUCCUCUCUUGAAGAAGCAAACCAAAGAAAUUUCUACUGAUCAAAGGAAUCCAAACCUCAAGAUGAAUAAUGUCCACAAUAGUCAAAGAAGUGCAAUCUCAAAAGAUAAAGGUAAAAUGACACAAAAUGACAAAAAUUCUGGGAGAUCUUGUGUUAGAUGGACACAUGCAGUUUGGUGGAUCUUGUCAAUAUGGGAGGAUGGAAACAAGACAAUGGUCAAUUUAAGUCUGGCUAUCAAUUUUAAAUAGAGAAAAUGAUGAAGGAAAAGAUUCCUAAUUGUCAAAUGAAAGCUAACCCACAUAUUGAAUCAAGGGUGAAGAUUUUGAGGUCAAAGUAUCAUGCAAUUGUUGAAAUGAGAGGUUCAAGAUGCAGUGGAUUUGGAUGGAACGAAAGAGAUAAGUGCAUCACUUGUGAUGAUGAUGUUUGGGAGAAUUGGGUUAAGUGUCACUGGGAUGCUGUAGGGUUGAGGAACAAACCAUUUCCUUUUUACAAUGAAUUAGAUUAUGUUUAUGAAAAAGACAGAGCUACUGGAGAAGGUGCAGAAAAUCAAACUGAUGCAAUAGAAGAUAUUGAAUUAGAGGAGCAAGAACAACAAAGCCAAUAUGAAUCUUGUUCCCCACCAGUUUUCAAUGGAGAAGCAGGUAGUGAAUAAGAAGAGACAAGUUAUAUAAAUCUACAUCCAUAUUCUAGUUCUGCUUAGACAAUAAAUGUUGUGCCAUCAAGCACUGGAAAUAAAAGAAGAAAGAAGAGACAUUGGAAGUUAUUCAAGAAUUUUCAAGUCAAAUGGAUAAAUUAGGUAACUUGAUGGCAGUUGCUGGAGAACAUAUUGGUAGACUUGCAAAUUGUUUUAAGCAUGAGUCUGAGGGUGUAGAAAGAAGAAUGGCUGUUAAUGCUGAAUUAAUGAAGAUUGAAGGAUUAUCUCAACAAGAUAUUCUUAAGGUAGGAAGGAAGAUUGCACUUGACACUAUGGAAACUGAUUACUUUUUUAGUCUGCUAGAGGAUUAUAGGAAAACUUAUGUGCCUAGUUUAUUAAUCCCUAAAAAUCUAUAAUUUAUUAGAACUCUAAAAUAUUAUGACCCUUAGUAUUUAGAUUAGGACUUCUUUAUAUAAUGUGAUGGUAAAUGAUAUAGUAGAAGCUAAGAAAUAAUUGGUUAUGUAAGUGAAGUUAUAUAUACUGUGAUGGUAAAUGAUGUAGUAGGAGAUAUAUAUUUUAGGUGCUAAAAUUGAGAUGUAUACAUGAA